AGACGGCAUCCUUGUAAUCAGACCAGGUUACGGUUUCCAGUACCCUCUUGCUAUUAGCCUUCUAGGGAAAAAAGGUCAUUUCUCCGUUUCCGUCUCCGUCUCGCAAUCGCCCUAGGUUGUCCACGUUCUUUCAAAUAUUGUUGCUGUCAUCCCACUGCCUUUACUUUCAAACCUUGCCUGUGAAGGGGUAUGCGAUUGUCCACCAAUGGAAUGGAAAAAGCUUGGGAUUUCGGAGCAGAUUCUAUCACCGAAAAGGAAAGUAGUUUCUGGUUUUGCUUUGGGCUUAGGAGCUUCACUCAUUGUUCUAACUAUUGUAUCGUUCAACACCUCUUUCAAUGUUCCAAUGUUUCGAGGGUUCAGCAAUUUUGGUGCUAGUAAUUCCUCUCUUGCUUCAUGGUCCUUUUCGUUUUCAAGUACUUCUUCUACUGCUAGUCCCACUAAUGCUACUUUAGAUUUCCACGACUCUGCGGAUUUUAAGCAGGGAACUGAGGAUGGAAGGGUUGUGGACAGCACCCCUCAAGCAAGUCUAUCAGGGAUGGUUAAAGAUGGAGAUCCUCUGGGCCCUAAUGGAGAAGGCAUUGUUUUGGAGAAGACCCACUUGGGGAAUACCUCUGAGAUGGUGAAAAAUGGGAGCUUUACUGUUGAUGGAGAUUGGAUUCCAGAAACAACGCAUGCAAAUGCCUCAGGCACUGCCACAAAGGCAAGUCUUUCGAAUUCUAAUGUGGAAGGAAUGACUUCUGAUAUGGCACUUUUGGGGAAUUCCUCUGAGAUGGUGAAUAAUGGAAGUUCCCCUGUUGAAGAAGGAACUGUCAUUGGGAAAACCGGUCUUGGAGGGAAUACCAGUGAUGGGAAAAAUUUUGUCACUGAAAAUAACAAUGUGGGGAAUUUGUCAUAUAGUGGGGAAUUUACCAAGCCUACCACUGAAGAAGAAAGCGGGACGGCCAGGAAUGAUGCAGGAAAAGCGACCACGAAUAACAAAAUUACAGCCCCUCACUACCAUUCACAACUUAAGAAAAUGCCGAACAGUUUUUAUGGGGGUUGUGAUAUAUUUGAUGGUAGAUGGGUAAGGGAUGAUUCAAAGCCAUACUAUCCUGCUGGGUCUUGUCCUUACAUCGAUAGGGAUUUCGAUUGUCACCUUAAUGGAAGGCCAGAUGAUGAUUAUUUGAAAUGGAGAUGGCAGCCGAAUGGGUGUGACAUCCCGAGUCUAAAUGCAACUGAUUUCCUGGAGAGAUUAAGAGGCAAGAAGCUCAUUUUCGUGGGAGAUUCUCUAAACAGGAACAUGUGGGAGUCUAUGGUAUGCAUUCUCCGUCAUAGUGUCGAAGACAAGAAAAGAGUUUAUGAGAUUUCUGGAAGAAUGGAAUUCAAAAAGAAGGGAUUUUAUGCUUUCAGAUUUGAGGACUAUAACUGUUCUGUGGAUUUUGUCAAUGCUCCAUUUCUUGUUCAAGAAUCAUCUUUUAAAGGUAGAAACAGAACAUUUGAGACACUAAGACUGGAUGAGAUGGACAAAUCAACUACGACAUUUCAUGAUGCUGAUAUCAUAGUCUUCAAUACAGGCCAUUGGUGGACUCAUGAGAAAACAUCUAGAGGAGAAUACUAUUACCAAGAGGGCAAUUAUGUGCACCCAAGACUGAAGGUCCUUAAAGCAUACACAAAGGCCCUUACAACUUGGGCAAGGUGGGUUGACAAGAACAUUAAUAGCAACAUGACUCAGGUUUUCUUCAGAGGAUAUUCAAUCACCCAUUUCAAAGGAGGCCAAUGGAACUCAGGAGGACAGUGUCACAAAGAAGUGGAGCCAAUCUUUAAUGAGGCUUUCAUACGAAAGUACCCUUCAAAAAUGAGAGCUCUAGAGCCUGUGCUCCAGAUGAUGAGAACACCGGUAACAUACCUAAAUGUAAGUAGGCUUACAGAUUAUCGAAAAGAUGGGCACCCUUCUAUUUACAGAAAAGAAUACAAGACAGUAGAAGAAGAGAUUGCAGCUGUGCACUCUCAGGAUUGCAGCCAUUGGUGCUUGCCUGGAGUACCAGAUACUUGGAACGAGUUACUAUAUGCAUCUCUCCUACAGAUCGGAAGAGGAUCCUGGGGAAGCUGAAGAGAUUUACACAAAGCACAUUAUGUAAUUUGUUAUUCUUUUUCUUCAUUUUUUUUUAUUUCGUGCAUAUUUUGAGCCUUUCUUAUAUUAGCUUGCAAGCUGUAUCUUGAUCCAGAUGGUGACAAGUUGAGGUUCUUGCAUUUGAGCUUGUGCAAGUGCAGGAGAUAUAGAGUCCACAAAAUCAGUUUGUAUAUUUCUCAUUUUAGCCACCAAUAGUGGAAAAUGAAGUUCAUUUACUUUCUAGUUAAAUGGAAAUCAUGAUUUGUGGUGAUAUUGCCAUUUUU